AUGGAUAUUAAUUCAAAUGUAACUAUAUUAAAUGGAUCUGCAUCAACAUCCCAUAUAGAUGUUAAAUUAGGUCAAUAUAUUUGUUUAAUAUUAUUAAGUACAUUACUUAUACCAUCAAUAUUAUUUGCUUUAUAUAUUUUUUAUUUGAUAUUUCAAUUAUACAAUUUGAGAAGUCGUCUUACAAAUCAUAUUAUUAUUGGUAUAUUUAUAAUUAGUUUCAUUCAGACAACAUGUGAAAUGCCAUUUUUACUGAAAUAUCUUAGUUCGGGUCGUGUGUCAUUUGAGUCUUAUGGCUUUUGUAAAUUUUGGAUAUCAUUCAAUUACAGUUUGAAUACAGCUAUCUUAUUUCUUAAUUCUCAUUUAUCUAUUGAAAGAUAUUUAUUGAUAUUUCAUCAAAGAUUUUUAAAUCGUCAUAAGAUAUCGGUUCAUUAUGUUCCAAUGAUAGUAUUAACAUUGACAGCAGUUGUUUAUUCAUGUGCAGCAGUUAUAUUUGCUCCAUGUGAGGAAGUAUUCGAUUAUACAAUACAAAUAUGUGGUGGCUCAUGUUAUCAAUUGUUGCCUGCAAAUGGAACAUUUGAUCUUAUUUUUACAGUAAUUAUUCCAUUAUCUAUUAUAGUUGGGUUCAAUGCUAUUCUUAUGAUUAGAGUUAUUAAACAAAAGCGUCGAAUGUUACUAAAUGUUUGGAAAAAAAAUCUUAAAAUGCUAAUACAAUUACUAUCAGUAUCAAUGUUACAUGUUGCUGGUUGGAUGCCAUUUAUUAUUGCUUUCUCAAUUGUUAUGACAAAUAAUCCUCCACCCGAAAUUGCGCUUGAAUUACAAUCAAGUUGGAUUCUGAUUAAUGUAAUGUAUAUUGGUGUAGUUGCCAAUCCUUUCGUUUGUAUGUUUGCUGUACCGGAAAUAAAAGAGAAUAUUAUUUUAUUUAUUGAUCGGAAAAAAAGACGAAAACAACGACAAAUCAAUACUAUUACUAAUAAUUAA